GCUCUAUUCAAGAGAAUUAAGAAUGGAAGAUCUUUCUUACGAAGGAUCUGCAAAGUUGGUGGUUUCUGAAUCGGCUACUAGCACGAAUGUAAAGUACAGAACCUUUGUCAAAAAACGACGACUUCUUCAAAAACGCAGAAGCAGAAGAAAGCAACAGAGAGUCCAAGAAUACCGUCGUCUCAGGUCCAUGGUUCCUUCACUUUCCAAAAAGCCCCAAGUUUCCAAGGUGACAGUUAUAGAAGAAGCCAUCAGUUACAUAGACCAAUUACACAACGCUCUGCUAGAGAGAUUAAAGACUCGUGGACUGCCAAGAUGUAUGCAGGAUAUGAACAUCGACAUGGACAGUUUAAACCUUGGUGAGGUCAAGGAUCUUGUGUGUCAGAUGAUGUCUACACCGACAACGUCACAAGGGUCAUCAGUAUCAGUGUCCCUCACAGAAAGCAUUCGGGAGAGAAACAGAGAGGUUCCAUCUUAUUUAAUGAGGAAACGGAAGUGACGUCAAAGUCAUCUAGUCAGCCACAAAAGUGAAACUUUGCAAGUCUUGGUCACUCACAUCCAUAACAGCUGUACAGACACUUGACCAACAAGUGUGACCUCGUGAGUCUGUGGUGUUAUGACCUUUGUUCUUGAAUUAAGACCUCUACCUAUUUCAUUCUCGUUUGCUAUGUAACUUUGUGAUGUUGUUGCCAUGGCGAUUAUACCUUUUUGAUAGCAGUGUUGAGAAUCGUUACUUCUUUGUAUUCUAGACAACUCUAACUUUUGUAACAAGUGUAUAAACAAAAUAAAUAAUUGUGAUAGAGAGUACAAAAAACAACCAAAUUUGGUGCGAGAUAUCGUGUAAACUUUUUGUAAAAAAAAACAAACUUGACGUAAUAAUGCUGUUAAAAAAAAAGAGAAAGAAACCUAGGUAGAGAGUAUUGUGGGGGGGGGGAAGUAAUCUAAGUGCGAGAGUAUCUAGUCAAAUCCUAGGGGCAAGAGUACUAUUUAAGAAUUCCAUAUCGAUUAUGUAAAGAAUGGUGUCUAAAAGAAUAUUUCAUAAUUCUAUUAAGGUUACUUAAUAAUUUGGAACGUUGUAUUUAUUAUUAUUCAAUUUAUGAUGGAGUUUCACAAUGGCAGUAUUUACGGU